UCCAACAAUCAAAUAAUUUUGUUUGUGUUUUAUCGUAUUUUAAAUGAUUUUAAUUAAAAUAUUAACAGAAAAUAAUUUCUAGAUCAAUACACAUUCUUAUAAAAUGGAUUCUACGACUAGAAACAGAAUAAAUAACAGUCAAUUAGCCAAUAUAUGUUGCUGUUGCUUGACCGAUGGUUGUUACAAAAAUAUUUCGACAGAUUAUUACUUUUCCGGUUUAAAAGAAGUUUACGAGGACAUGCUAAAGGAUACCUUUAAUCUGCAGAUAAAUAUAGAAAACAGAGUAGCAAGUCGGUUGAUCUGUGAUGAUUGCAUCAGGAAGCUCCGAGAGGCGAGUGCUUUCAAAGACAUGGUGCUGCAGUCCCUCGAGACACUCGGCCAGUACAUGGAUAGACUGAAAAAUGAAACAAAAAUGGAGGAACUUCCGGAACCCGAAAUAAAAUCAGAAGAAAUAAAAGUAGAAAAGCUUCAAGUUGUGGGGACAGACGUGAGGUGUGAUGAUCAGAAUUAUGAUAAUGAUGCAAAUGACACCAGUAUGGAUGAUGAUGAAGCCUUAGCCAAUAUAAAAUCAGAGUUAAACAGAACAGACAAAGUAAUUUUGUCAGCCAAAAGACGAAGGAAACAGUUACGAGAGAGAAAUGUAAGAAAAAGGGCGAAAAUCAAGGAAAAUGGCGGACCAGGAGAUAUAAAAGACAAAAGCAAAACAGAAAAAGACUGGCUAAAAAUCGCAGAGCGGCGCGGCAACGGACCUCUUUUGAGAGAAAACUCUCUAAAACUCCUUGCUAACUCCACUAUAUGUGUAUUUCAAUGGAACAAGAGCAGAUAUCGCUGUUUUUGCUGCAAAGAACCAUUCUCAGACAUGAACCUUCUAAGAGAACACACACACUCGCAACACUCACUCGAAAACAUUGAGAAAAAGAUCAUUGUACAACAAAAUCGCUUAGUCAAAGUCGAAAUUUCAGUUCUUUAUUGCAAAAUUUGCGGAAAUCAAAUGGAUAAUUUGACUAAUUUAAGAAAUCAUUUACGAAGCCACAAUAUAAAGUUUGAAUUAGACGAAGAUUUGCUAGUGCCUUUUAAGAUUGGAGUUGGCAACUUGCAGUGUCAGAUAUGCGCGCAAAACUUCACAAUGUUCAGGUUAUUAAAUAUGCACAUGAACAAGCACUAUCAGAAACAAGUCUGCCAUAUUUGUGGCGCGGGAUUUUCGAAUUUAGUUUUUUUAAAUUUGCACAAAACAAGAUCGCAUCGGCCGUUGGCCUGCAAGGAGUGUGACUUAGUUUUUAAAAAUAAAAUCGACAAAAAAGACCACGACGUGAAAGUUCACAAUUUAAAAAUAGAAAAGAAAUUAAGGUUUCCCUGUCCAUACUGCCAAGAUAGAUUUUCCCAAGAGAAUUUUCGCGUUCAACAUCUAGUCGAAAAACAUGGGAUGUUGCGGCCUGAACACAAAUGUGGAAUGUGUUCAAAAGUGUUCAUUACGAAAAGUUUGUGCAAUAAUCAUGUGAAAAAUGUGCAUUUGAAGGAGAAAAAUCACGAAUGCGACGUGUGCCAUCAUUUUUUUUACACAAAAUCCGACGUUUCGAGGCACAGAGUCACCCAUACUGGCGAAAAAUUAUCCUGUUCUUUGUGCAAUAAUCUAUUUGCUUCGAAAGACUCUUUGCGGCGACACAUGAAACGAACUCACGUUGGGUCUCAAUGACUUCACAAAAUAACUAUUUUUCUAAGGACA